GGUUUUCACUUUUUCUCCUGUUUCAGCCUCCUCCUUCAGAUCUGACUCCAAAUAGACUCUCCUCUCUCUCCUCCUUCAGAUCUGAUUCCAAGUUGAUUCUAGGGCUCGGGUUUUCGCUGUUCUCCCUCGAAGCUGGUCGUUCACUCGUCCCUCGAAGCUCGUCGUCCCUCGAAUCUCGUCGCCGACUCCUCCCGUCGCCGACUCCUCCCUCGAAGCUCGUCAUCCCUUGAAGCUCGUCGUCCCUCGAAGAUCGUAGUUUACUCCUCCCUCGACUGUCCCUCUCGAGUCAUCAAAAUAUAAUUUUGCACAAGAUCUGAUCUCAUCCCUUGCGGAUCUGUAAUUUCAAUCGGCUUCAUUUAAUCGUCAGAGAGGAGAUGGGGUACUCUGGGUCGGAAUCGGAUGAGAGCGAUUUAGAGGUCAAGUCUCGAGCGAUUGACGAGGACAAGGCGAAAGUGGAAGAGGAAGCGGAGGAGGAAUUGAGGUUGAAUAUAAAGGAAGAGUUUGACGAGUUCAGAUUGCCUACAGAAGAGGAACUCGAAGAAGAGGCACAUCAACCUCCGAACCUCUCAAAACUCCAGCGCAGAAUAAAAGAGAUUGUUAAUGUGCUCUCAAAUUUCAAAAAAUUGAGACAUGAUGGUGCUUCACAGAAGGAUUACGUGGAGCAGCUAAAGGUGGACCUGGGUUCUUAUUAUGGCUACAAUGAUUUUCUCAUUGGGGCUCUUGUUGAGAUGUUUCCAGCUGCGGAGCUUGUUGAACUCCUGGAAGCUAUGGAGAAGAGUCGACCUGAAUGCUUGCGAACAAACACUUUAAAGACUCGGAGAAGGGAUCUGGCUGGCGUCCUGAUAAAUAGAGGAGUUAACCUUGAUCCUAUAGGCAAGUGGUCAAAGGUUGGGUUAGUGGUGUAUGAGUCCCAAGUUCCUAUUGGUGCAACCCCUGAGUAUAUGGCUGGGCAUUACAUGCUGCAAGGUGCAAGCUCUUUCAUACCUGUGAUGGCACUUGCUCCGCAGGAGAAGGAGCGGAUUGUCGAUAUGGCGUCUGCUCCAGGUGGAAAAACGACAUAUAUCGCUGCUCUUAUGAAAAAUACUGGUAUAAUUUAUGCAAAUGAAUUUAAGGAACCAAGGCUCAAGUCACUAACUGCAAAUAUUCAUCGGAUGGGCGUGACAAAUACUGUAAUAUGCAACUAUGAUGGGAAGGAGCUACCUAAAGUCCUGGGAUUAAAUUCUGUUGAUAGAGUAUUGCUGGAUGCUCCCUGCAGUGGUACUGGGACUAUAUGGAAAGAUCAAAAUGUUAAAACCUCAAAGACCCUUGAGGAUUUACAGAACUGUGCUUUUGUUCAAAAGCAACUUAUUUUAGCAGCAAUCGACUUGGUAGAUGCUAAUUCUAAAUCUGGAGGAUACAUAGUUUACUCAACAUGCUCCAUGAUGAUCCCUGAGAAUGAGGCAAUUAUUGAUUAUGCUCUAAAGAAGAGAGAUGUAAAGCUUGUGCCAUGUGGUCUAGAUUUUGGUCGCCCAGGGUUUAUACGCUAUAGAGAGCACCGAUUCCAUCCCUCCUUGGAAAAAACAAGGAGGUUUUAUCCCCAUGUAAAUAACAUGGAUGGAUUUUUUGUUGCUAAGCUAAAGAAGAUGAGCAAUACCAAACCGGUGGUAUCUGAACCUUCUAAACGAGCAGAAAAGACGGAGCAAGCAGAAGCUAUUGAUGACACUGUGGAUGCUCAAACAAACAUCCCAAUUGUAAAAGUUAAAAAGAUGGAACUCGAGAAAAAGGAUGGCAGAAAGGAAAAUAUCAAGGGCGCCACAAAAGAGGAAGGGAAGUUGGAGAAGCAAAGCAAAUCAAAACAAGCAGGAACUAAGUCCUUUGUUCCACUGAAAAAGAGACAAGUGGCAGUCGUUGAUGAUGGUGAGAAGGGUGAAAGUAUCACAAAUGAGAAAUUUAACAAGUAUAAAUUUUGGGAAAAACGUAAGAAAUUGAAGAAUAAUGCGACUAAGAAGAAUGGGAAAGUGAUACCUUCAUCAACAGUCAGAACGAAGAAGAAAAGGAAGUUACCUUCAAAGGAGGAAAUUUCACAAGCUAGGGAAGAGAAAAGGAAAGCCUUGAAGAAGAGAAAGAUUUGAGCAGCAGUAUAAAGUAAGGAUUCAUCCUAGGGCUAUUGCAAGUGCUCGAUGAUCAACUGCUGCUCAAUUUGCAGUCUGUCAGCCGAAUGCUUGGACCUGCAGAUUGCUGCAGUAGGAUGAAUGUAUUCUUUCACAGUGGUGAUUAAUGCGCCUGUUGCAAUUUUGGUCGUGGUUAGUAUUAUUUGUAACACUAUAAUCAUGUAAUGCUGGAAGGACGAUUCUUAAAGUUUCUGAUUCUUUGUUUGCACUUACUAAUGUAAUGCUGAAAAGAUGAUUCUUUAAGCUUGUCAUCUUCGUUUUCUUGUCGAGACGAAGAAAUGAGGGAAGGAAAGCAAGAGGUUGCUUAGGUUA